AUGGAGGUUUCAGAGAUAAGAAACCUUGUUAGAGAUUUGGAUUUAACCCUACAACCUCAUAUUGCUCCACGAUAUAAAACUUGGCUUCCUCUUGUUACACAACAGUUAAGGCUUAGAAAUCUUAUACAGAUAAUAGGAUGUAAUCUAAAAACAAAUGUAAAUAACGAAGUUUGUUGGUUUUACUACACAUUACAUAGAACAAGUGUGUCUUCUCCUUUAUAUACAAGUGAAAUAAUUGAAAAUGCAAAUCCAAGAUGGUCAAGUCUCGAAAUACCAAUUAUACAUACCACAGGCUACUCUACUGCCAGUGAAGUCAUUGUAAGACUGUGGAAAAGGACAAAUAUCGAUAAUAUAAUGACAGAUGUGAUUGUAUUUACUUGGGGCAUAUCAUUCACUGGCCUGGCAUACAUUGGACCAAAGUUGCCAAAUAAUUUACAAACUAUUUUGAUGGAAAAUUCUUUAAUUUUUCAAUUUCAUGGUGGUUACUUUACACCAGUAUAUUGUUUUGUUGAAGCCCCUGAAUUAAAAAGGUAUCUACAUAUAAAAGUCAAUACAUCUGAAAUAAAAGAUAGUUACACUGUGAGUAAACUGAGCAGCUUAAGAAAUAAAAUGCAAGCACUAAAACAGCAAACAGAAUCAGUGCAAACACUUCAAAUGCGUAUUGCUUCUGGAGAUAAUUUUCAAACUCCAAAAUAUCCACAGUCUUCAUUGAAUAGAUUAUUUCAACCACGUAAAGUAAAUAAAGAGAAAAAAGCUGAGAUAUUAAAAAUGCGCAAAGAAUUAGAGAUGGCAAAAUUUAGAAUAAAAUUGUUGGAACAAGAAAGAGUAAGAAAAAUUGGAGAACUAAGAAUGUUAAAUCAGAUGCAUUCUAAUAUUAUGGAAGAAAAUCAAGAUUAUGGUUCAAAUUUAAUGGAAAAAUAUAGAGAACUUAAUAAAGAUAUUGAAAGAUUACAUGAUUGGCGACAAAAUCAACUGGAUACAAGAGAAACAUAUGUACAAUUGAGUAGUCAACUUGCUCAUAGAAGAAGGCAAUUAAUUUCAGAAUUAAGCUUAAUAUAUCCUAUUUCUCAGGAGAUUAUAGAUGGAAAUGGAAAAUUUAGAAUACAUGAUGUUCAUUUACCUGAUAGUGAGGACUUAGAAUUAUCAAAUGAUACUGAAGUUGCUGUAGCAUUGGGAUUUGUUGCACAUACUACACAAAUGAUAGCCAAUUUUCUUAAUAUACCCACUAGAUAUCCUAUUAUACAUUAUGGAUCACGUAGUAAAGUUAUAGACCAUAUUACAGAAAAUCUACCUGAUAAUGAAAGACAAUUUCCACUAUUUGCUCGAAGUAAAGAUAAGUUACAAUUUCGUUAUGCUGUUUAUUUACUAAAUAAAAAUGUAGCUCAAUUAAGGUGGUAUUGUGGCCUUCCAACAAUGGACUUAAGAGCAACACUUUCAAAUCUUGCUACUUUCAUAAAUAUUAAACCAAAUCAAUCACAUUUGGAUAAUUCAAAACGAACAUAUUCUACUUCAUCUUUGGAUAUUGAAAUUGGAAAUAAUAAACAAAGUGUAACACCACCAAUACAAAAAAUAAUUUUCGAAAAAUGUCAUCGAUCUUCGCGAUCUAUGAGUCAAUUCAAGAGUAUAAAAUCUUCUCUUGGUUCCUCUCUAGAUCAAGGGUUAGAUAAGCCUGUACAGUCCCUUGUUUUAGGCAGUCAAUCAAAACGUAUUUGUAAAUCAGAAGAAAGUGCCAUAGACAAUAAGGCAUUGGUACUAGCAAAAGAUAGGUCAAGUAAUAGUAGUAAUGAAACUUUAAAUAACGCUAUUUUAAGUAACAUAAGCAGUACAAAUGUUGAAAACAGUUUUCAAAUAAAUAAUGAAGUUACUAUAGAGAGUAAUAUUGAAAUUAUGAUACCGACAUCAGUUUCUAAACGAACUAAUGUUACGGAUAGCAUCGAAGGUUCGGUAAGCGUAAGGGAUAGAAGUUCAAAUUCUAUAAGUAGUUGUGAAAUGGCAUUGAAUAGUAGUCAAAAUGGGGACGAUAGUUCAAUUGAUAAUAACGUAACAAAAAGAGAUGAAACUGGAGAAUGUAUUUCAGUUACUAAUGAAGUCAUAAUAAAUGUCAAUCAUGUUAUAGACAAUGCUUUAAAAAAUGAGAAGCAUAAUAAAGAUUAUCAUAUCGAAAAUGAAGUUCUACAAGAUUACAGUAGUCCUAGACAGAUAAUGGCAGCUAGUGAAAAAAAUUAUAAUGUUCAUGAACUUACAGCUGCUGCUACAGAAACGUCAACAUAUAAGGAACAUUUUGCUAAAUCAUGUUUGUCUUUAAAUGAUAUAAUGUCUUGUACUUACGAAGAAGCAGAAAAGAAACAAAGAACAAGUUCUAUCUGUAGUUAUCCAGAAGAGUAUCUUUCAUCAAAAGAUAUUACGUCACAAAAGCGAUAUAAUUCUGACUUGAAAAAAGAUGGAGCGGAUUCCUUGCAUUCGAGAAAUUGGUGUCGCAAUGAUGCGAACAGAGAAUCAAUGUUGGAAACGGGAUUGAUACAAGCAGCGCAGAAAUCAGAUUGUUAUUCCUAUGACGAAACAAACAAAUGUGACUUUCAAGCAUCAAGUGAAUAUAUAGACAUUAUUAGACGUAGUUCAGAAAAUGUAUAUGCACGCACGGAAGCUUUAGCUAAUAAGAAAACUAGUUUUAAAGUUAUGAAACCACGAUUGUAAUAUUUGCAUUCUAGAAUACAAGAAAGCGCUGUAACUGUUCUACUAGUUAAUAUAUAAUUGCACCAGACCCAACAAAAAUACAGUGCAUGUCAUAUAGAAAAAAUUAAAUUGAUAU